AGUCCAAUCCAAAGAACGCUUGUAAACGGACGCCAUCUUGAUUAGGGUGCUGACAAAAGAAAGAGCUACAAUUUGUAUCAUUUUAUCUAUGUCUUCGCCAACAAAACCACCCAUGGAUGUGAAAAAUGAAGAAUCAAAAUCAGAGGAUAGCAAAAACCAAAUGCAGGGAAACAAAAAUAUGCCAGACCAACUCGGAAAGCCUCCAGAUCAUCGGGGACAGCGUGGUGGUCGGGGAGGGUUUAGCGGACCGCGUGGCGGUGGUAGGGGUGGAGGACAGGGCGACAGGAACAUGAGGGGUGGUAGAGGGGGUGGCGGAAAUAGAGGUCGCGGUGGAAUGCAACGAGGUGGUGGAGGGAUGGGAGGCGACAGAAGGGGUAAUCAGCACGGCCUUCAAGGACCUGGUGGUCAAUACAGACAAAAUGAAUAUCAAAUGCAUGUUCAGCCAGAAGAUACAGGCCCCAAAGAGCCCAAGAAAUUCACUGGUAGAUGUCGAUUGUUUGUUGGAAAUGUCACGUCAGAGACCUCGGAGGAUGAAUUCCGUGAGAUGUUUUCAAAGUAUGGUGAAACUGGAGAGAUGUUUUUGAAUGGGGCUAAAGGUUUCGGAUUCAUACGUUUGGACUACAGACACAAUGCAGAGGCAGCGAAAGCCGCAUUAGAUGGAAGCCAACACAAGGGGAGAACUCUUAGAGUAAGGUUCUCUAACCAGGGCUCGGCCAUUAGAGUCAAGAAUCUCUCCCCAUUUGUCUCAAACGAACUGUUAGAUAUGGCCAUGCAGCAGUUUGGAGAAGUGGAACGAGCAGUGGUUGUGGUCGAUGACAGGGGCAGGUCUACUGGAGAAGGGAUUGUGGAGUUUGCCAGGAAGCCUGGUGCUCAGCAGGCUCUUAAACGCAUUAAUGAUGGAGUGUUUCUGAUGACAUCGUCUCCAAGACCAAUGUCUGCUGAGAAUUUAGAAGCCAAAGAUGAAGAUGAUGGAUUGUCAGAGAGGUUCAUGCCAAAAAACCAGCAAUACCAAGGGGACAGAGAGAAGGAACCCAGAUUCGCACCACCAGGGUCAUUUGAGUACAGGUUUGGUCUGAAGUAUAGAGAGAUAGAUGAAAUGGAGAAACAACAGAUUGAAAGGGUGAAGCAGGAAAUGGACCAGCAGAGACUGAAACUGGAGCAUGAAAUGGAAGGGGCAAUGUUUGAUUUCCAAGCUGAACAAAUUAGAGCAGAUUUACUGAGGCAGCAAGAGGAACUCCGCCGCUUGGAAGAGAUGAAAAGUGAGAAAAUGAGGCGUAGACAGGAAUAUGAUUACAGGUUGGAGGAAGAACAGAGGUUGAUGAUGGAUGAUGACAGGCAAAUGAUGAGAAGACCAGGCAUGGACCCAGCUAGUGGUAUAUUGAGAGGUGAAAGCCAGAGGGGAAGUGGAGGAGCCCCCCUUCCUCCACCUCCUGCGCCUCCAGCAGGAAUGGGCUUUGAAAGUCCCAGUGAUCAGAUGCCAAGCAGUUCCUUUGGCAAAAAUGAAGUUGAUAAGGGCCACAGUAACAUGAAUCGCUAUGAUUCUAAUACUGGCAGUUAUGGAGCUAACCCAUCCAGUUUCGGUGCCGGUAUGUCUAACCCAGGUGGUAUGUUUGGGAAUAACCGAAAUAUGGGUGGGAUGGGCAAUCGCAAUGAUAGGAGGAGAGAUAUGGGGAAUGUGGGCGGUGCCAGAGACGACUACGGAGAAAUGAAGAGAAUGAGGCGAUUUUAAAACUUGUGUUUUAUCCGCGACUCUCCUUUUGAGUAUAGGAGGCUCUAAGUGACUUGUUGGCGAUCUGAUUUAACUAUCAGUUUUUGAUCUUCUAAUGUGCUGAAUUUUCAAGUAUAUUGGGACUAUAAUGAUGAAUUUAAAGUUUAAAAAUGACAUUAAUAGAUUAGUAGACUGUUGUUAAUCAUCUACAGAAAUUAUUUUAUCAUGUAAGAUAGUGUUGUUAUUUUAAUGUGAGAUAGGAGUAAUAUACAUUUUUGUCUUCAAAGGACAGGACUUCAUUUUGCAAAGCAAAGAGUUUUGCUAGUGAAGCAAGCAUGUUGUAUGUUGUGUAUAAAAAAUUGAAAUAUUAUCAUGUCAUUUAUACUGCAAAGAAUUAAUGUCAUUGUGAGAUCCAUUUGUACCAUGCAUCAAUAAAGAUCAGUUUUGUGUGUCA